AUGCCAGUUAUUCAACGGGCUGAUCGGUUGGACCCUAUUCUUCCCAGUUGCGGAAUGAUAUCCCUAUUCCUACACCAAGUAGAAGAAUCACCGUCCCAGAUAGCUUAUGUCGAUGCUACCGAGGAUGUAGUUGUCACAUAUUCCGGCCUUCUUGCGAAGGUGAAAUUUCUUGCCUCCACGCUUCGUAAACGCGAGAUUCCAUUCGAAUCACCUAUUGCGAUAUUGGCCGCCAAAGGUAUCAACCAAAUAAUUGCCCAACUGGCUGUGGUUUUUGUGGGGGGUACUUGCGUCCCUCUUGACCCAUCUAUCUCCGACGAUCAAAUUCAAGUCAGGUUGGACGAUGCCCAACCGGUGUACUUGAUUAGUGAUGUAGAGAACCAACAUCGCCAACUUGGAGGGGUUCCAAAAGUCACAGUAUCCCACGAAAAUCUUGACUCUCCUUCUAGUACAGGAGGGGCCGAAGAUUGCAUCCCAACUCCAACAUAUCCGGAGACCCGCUCUCAUAUUUUUUACACUUCCGGUACCACAGGCAAACCAAAAGGGGUUCAGGUCCUAGCUCGAGGUCUCUACCGCGUAAAGCGGUGGGCCAAGAUGAGGCCUCAUGAUCUUGUCGGCCAUGUCACCAAUCCUACUUUUGAUAUUUCAACAUUAGACAUAUGGAGCGCCUUGAUGAGUGGUGCUACUAUAGUCAAUUUCACUAAAGAUAUCUUGAGCAGCCCGUUCACCUUUUCGGAAGCCUUGAAACGAUCCCGUGUCAGUUGGAUGGUUAUUACCACCGGGCUUUUUAAUAUUGUAGCGUUUGCGUGCCCAGAUGCAUUCUCGUCCGUCGAGAUCCUUGUUACUGGAGGCGAAGCGGCCAAUAGCAUGGCGAUGAAGUUAGUACUGGAGAAUGGUCCUCCUGGAAAGUUGAUUAAUGCCUACGGCCCGACUGAGUGCGCUGUAUGGUGUACAUACCAUGAAGUAACCCUCGAGGAGGCUACUUCAGGGUGUAUCAGCAUCGGCGGUCCUGUUGUUGGCACCGAUCUUUACGUUCUUAAUGACGAUCUUCAGCUGGUAGAUGGAAAGUUAGAGACUAUCGGGGAGUUGUGUGUAGGAGGCCCCUGUCUUUCGCCUGGUUACUUCAAAAGACCGGACCUUACCGAGAAGGCUUUUGUCAAUGUCACAGGACUUGCCAAAGACGGCGAACCCAAGCGGGUGUACCGAACUGGAGAUCUAGUGCGUUAUAAGGAGCGUGGGUUGUUGGAAUAUAUUGGACGAAAAGGUAAUCAGAUCAAAAUCCAUGGCUUUAGAGUUGAGCUAGAGGGUAUUGAAGCCACCAUAAUCAAGCACUGCGCUGUAUCCACGACUGCAGUCUUGAAAAUCCACCCACCACAAUCUGAGCCUGGGCAAUCCGCGUUCCUGCUAGCUUAUAUUGUCCUAAAGCCUGAAGAAGCUGGUACUUUGCAAGCUGUCUCCGACAAACUGAAGGAAGUUCUUCCUUGGUACUCCAUUCCUCGCCUCCGGAUUAUCGAUCAGCUUCCUCUGAACACAAGUGCAAAGGUGGAUCGUAAGAAGCUUGUGGAACUUUAUUACUUGUCCUUAGAAACGCCGAGCGAGACAAAACCCAAGUCCAACCUCGAAAAGCUCCGGUCUAUUUGGCUUCAGACCCUUUCCCAACCACCCUCGACUAUCAAACCUAAUGACAACUAUUUCUCUUUGGGAGGCACGUCGUUGCAGAGCGCAACCUUGAUACUUAAGAUUCGUAAGGAGUUCGGUAUUGCUCUCACUACAAAUGCGCUCUACCAGCACCAAACUUUAUCUGCCAUGGCCGAAUAUAUCGGCCGUGACCACAGCACAGAAAAAGACUUCGACACCAAAGAAUGCAUGCAAAACGAUGCUCUUCUGUCGGAAGGGCUUGAACCUUUGAGUGGGCCAAUUCCAGAUUGGCGCUCAGAGGCUGAAGGGAACGUUUUCGUCACCGGGGCAACUGGGUUUCUAGGGGCAUACCUAGUGCAUGCUCUUAUUCAAAUGCCUGAAACCAAGAAGGUCCAAUGUCUUGUCCGGGCAAAAAGCAUUGACCACGGCAUGUCCCGUCUCUUGGGGGCAUUCGCGAAAUAUGGAAUAUCAAUCGGCAAGCAUGAAGAACCUUUUCUGUCGAAGAUAGUCAUCCUGCCCGGAGACCUUGCAGACCCCAAGCUAGGUCUUGACCAAGCAACUUUCGAAGAUAUAUCCAAUUCAUGCGCGACAAUUUUCCACUUCGGGGCUUUAGUUAAUUACGUACAACCUUACAACGUUCACCGUGCAGCCAACAUCAUAGGUACCCUCAAUAUCAUAAGAUUAGCCGUCACUGGCCGACCCAAGUCAAUCCACUAUUCGUCUAGUUUCGUAGCUCAUGGUCCUACAGGUCUGUUCAAAGGGCCACUAACACUCUCGGAAGAUGAGCCUCUAGAGCCUCACUUGGAAGGUCUAAUGUACGACCUUGGGUAUUCCCAGAGCCAGUGGGGUGCAGAACAGCUGCUUUGGAACUCGAUUAAAAAGGGCAUUCCUAUCUCCAUAUAUCGCCCCGGGUUUAUCCUCGGGCAUAGCGAAAGUGGGUAUGGGAAUCCAGACGAUUUCAUGGGUCGUUUUAUUAUUAGCUGCAUCAAAAUGGGCACCUACCCAUUGCUUCCCAAGCAACGAAAGGAGUUUAUUCCAGUGAAUCAUUGCAUCAGGGAUAUCUUACACAUUUCAUACUCGAAUUCAAACCUUGGACGAGCCUAUACUAUCGUUCCUCUUGACCCUUCAGCUUCUGUGGAGUGGAACGAUACUUUCGAACUGCUGAAACAAUGUGGUAAUUUCAAACUCCAAGGGUUUCCCUACAUGGAAUGGAUCAACCAGCUCCCAGAGACUGUUGACGAGCGUCUCCAACCGCUGAUGCCGAUGUUUAAAGAGAAAGUGUAUGGUGAUAAAACAAGAUGGGAAGUCUGGGAGAACAUGGCUAUCUAUCAAACAGAUAACACCCGUGCUGCAAUUGCUGACUCCCAGAACCCAGAAGGUUGUUCGCCUCUCAAUGAGAGGCUACUGCGACUUUACCUCCAAGGUUGGUUUGAACAGACCGGAAACUCACAACUGAUGAAAUUUAUGGUCACACCUGGGAAUCAAUACUAG